ACAAUCUCAUUCUACUAUGAUGCAACGCCGCCCCGUAGACCAACUUCUGUUGUCCGUUGACGCCCAGGAUCAUUCACAAUACUCAUUCCUUGCCACCUAUUAUUCAUCAUCUCCAUUCUUUCUAUAAAUACAUACAUGUACAUGAUUCUCUCUACUCUCAAAACACAACCAUCAUCCCUCUCCCCUUUCAUUUCUCAUUUCUCUUCUCAACCCAAAUUAACUAUGGAAGAUUUCGACGAUUACAACAACUAUUGGGAAACCGGGAUGUUCUUGCAAACCGAAGAACUUGACAGUUAUUUCGACGAGCACAUAUCUGCAUAUUAUGACUCGGGUUCUAACGGUUGCAGUUAUUUCGACGAGCACAUAUCUGCAUAUUACGACUCGAGCUCACCCGAUGGAGCACAGUCAUCACUUGCCUCAAAGAACAUAAUCGCGGAGAAGAACAGGAGGAAGAAGCUGAAUGAGAGGCUGUAUGCACUAAGAGCAGUGGUUCCAAACAUUUCUAAGAUGGACAAAAUAUCAAUAGUCAGAGAUGCAAUAGACUACAUCCAAGCACUGCAUGAUGAAGAGAGGAGAAUUCAAGCAGAAAUAUCAGAGUUGGAGUCGGAGAGGGCAACAAACUUUGAGUAUGAACAAGAGGCCACUACAUUUUACUCAAAGCCAAAGAGGACAAGAAUGGAGAAUUACUAUGACUAUAGUGCCCCAAGAUUAAUGUCAUCACCCAUUGAAGUUCUUGAGUUGAGGGUAUCCAACAUGGGGGAGAAGACAAUAGUGGUUAGCUUGACAUGUAGUAAAAGAACAGACACAAUGGUGAAAUUAUGUGAGAUCUUUGAAUCUUUGAAGCUCAAAGUCAUUACUGCCAAUAUCACUGCUUUCUCUGAAAGGCUUUUGAAGACUGUUUUCCUUGAGGCUGAUGAGGAGGAGAAGGAAGAUGUAAGGCUAAAGAUAGAGGCUGCCAUAGCUGCUCUAAAUGAUCCAGACAGCCCUAUGAGCAUCUAAAUGUGUUCAGCUUUUUCACCCCAUUGCACUGUAUGGUGUUUUCCUUUUUCUUGGUAGUUUUUGGUUGAUAUCUCUCUCUUUUUUCUACAGUGGUAAGCUUGUAUAAUGUAGAUGUAGCUUGUCUGAGCAAGAAUUUCCCAACCACCAUUUUAUGCAAUUAAGGAAUCAAGAGAAUGGGAUGAUGGUAAAUUUACCAAGUCUAUAAAUGUCAAGGAAGAUCAACUAUCAAGACGCAUCGCACUCUACAACUGCCAUAAUGGGAUACAGAAAACCAUGUUUGGAAAUAUUGAUGUUUCACCCUUAACUUGAGAAACAUCAGUCUGAAUAAAGUGGGAAGGAACUACUGAAACAUUCUUCUUCCCUCCUC